CAAGCAUGCUGCUGCGACCUUCGAUUUCUGCGCACAGUCAGCAAACACAAACUACACGACACUGACGACAACAGCAACAACGACACACACUUAUUUCUUUGCUUGCUGCUGGUGGAUGACGAUGGAGGCGCGGGAUGCUGGUGGUGAUGAUGGUGCAACAGCAGCGCAGCAGUCCCAGGCAGCGCCGCGGUUGUUGUUGCGGGUGACGGCAGAGCAGUUGCGGCGGGCCAGCGGGCGCUUGAAUGGCAGUGGCGGGGAUGGCAACUUUGUUGGCUUCCAAGGUGCCGUGGACUACUGGCACUAUCACAUCGACGACACCCGUGACGCGGGCUGGGGCUGUGGAUACCGGACGCUGCAGAGCUUGGUGUCCUGGUUGAACAUUCAAGGGCAUUGCCAAAGGACGCCGCCAACUAUCCCUCAAAUUCAAGACACGCUCGUGAGCGAAGGGGAGAAGCCACCGGCGUUUCGAGGGUCGCGAGAGUGGAUUGGAACAGUCGAGGCAGGCCGUGUACUCCAGGCCUGGUGUGACGUGGACUUUCGGAUCAUCGAGCUGCCGUCUGGGAAGGAAGCGUGGUCGCAAGCAUUUAUCGACAAGCUGGAGCACCACUUCCAGCACGUGGGAUCCCCCAUCAUGUGUGGUGGCACACGGGACAACAUGUCACGUGCAAUCCUCGGUGUGGAGAGCGGCGAUGACGUCAUGCAGGACACCCGACUCUUGAUCAUGGAUCCGCACUUCAUCCGCGGCGAGGAGGACGAGCGGCGCAUGUGUACAUGUGUCGAUGCCGCUCUCUCUCAUCUCUUCAAGAAGCGGUGGCUCAGCUGGCGCCCGCUGUCCUCAUUUGAAGCAGGGUCGCACUACAACCUGUGCUGCCCGAUUCCGAGUCGACAGCAGCAGCAGCAGCAGCAGCUUGGUGUCUCCUCAACUGCCCGCAGCCACGAUCACGCUGCAACACAUGACAGCAGCGACGAUGGCGGUGGUGACGCUGGGCCGUUUGGCAUUGUUGUGGUUGCGAGUGGUGAGGACGCAGCAGCGGACAAACCACCACCACCAUCAUCGUCAUCAUCAUCAGCGCCAUUUGGAAUACAAGUUGUGGAGAGCGGAUUUGCGCAGUGACAUGAUCAGUUGCCAGUGUGCAUGUAGUCGUGUGCGCGCGCUGAGAGAGAGAGGAAGAGAGAGAGAGUGUGUGUGUGUGAGAGAGUGUGUGUGUGUGUGAGU